AUGUUCUACUUAUUUAAAGUGUUCAGAGCAGCUCCAUGUGUAUCAUGCAUCUCUUGGCUCUUCACCGUGUGGUCGUGCUCGGCCCCGUCCGUGCUCUUUGUGGGGCUUGUGGGCAGACAGCUGGGGUUCAGAGCAGGACUGCAGGUGGUUGAGGCGGUGACUUGUUCUCGCUGGGGUACACGGAGCGAGGAGGGUUUAAUCCUUGGCGGGGAUGUAGUCAUCGGUGGGCUAUUUAAUCUCCGUUACAGUCCUCCAGCUCUGGACCAUGAGUUCACUCAGCUGUCAUACUACAAAGCUUGCACUGGCUUGCAGAAUCUUCCGUUACAGUACAUCCAUGCUAUGAUGUUUGCGCUGGAGGAAAUCAAUCACAGCGCAACCUUGCUACCAGGUGUGAAGCUGGGCUACCAUAUUCUCGAUAGCUGCGGCCUCCCCCCUUGGGCUAUGCAGGGAGCGCUGUCUCUGGUUGGAGGAGACAGCAGCAGCUGUAAUUCAACAGCCAUCCCUGCCCGGAAUGGAGAGGAAAUCGAAGAAAGGAGAGGGGAUCAGCCUGUUCCUUUGAUCAUUGGUGGAGACUCCUCCGUUUCAGCCCAGAUACUUUCCAAAUUCCUGGGGCCACUCUCUAUGAGCUACACAGCCAGUUGCCCAUGUCUCAGUGACAGGGUAAAGUUUCCUAACUUCUUCAGGACAAUGGCCAGUGAUAUUUACCAGGCCCGGGCUGUUGCCCAGCUUGCCAUCCGCUUCAAUUGGACGUGGAUUGGGGCAGUGAUAGCGAACAACGAUUAUGGCUACAUGGCAGUAAAGGUUUUUCAGGAGGAGGUUGAAGGUGCAGGUGUGUGUCUGGCAUUUGUAGAGACUCUGCAAAGGGAAAACAUUGUGAGCGAUGCAACACGAGCAGCUCUCACAAUUCAGGCCUCGACAGCUCAUGUGAUCCUGAUCUUUACCUGGUACACAGAUGUGAGGGAACUGUUUGUGCAACUGGCCAAGAUAAAUGUGACUGACAGACAGUUUCUGGCCAGUGAGGCUUGGAGCACCAGCAGUGAUCUUCUCCAAAGUCUUGUCACAAGUAAAGUGGCAACUGGUGUCCUUGGCGUCGCAAUUAGAAGUUCACCUAUACCUGGAUUCGAAAGUUAUCUCAGGAAUCUGAACCCGUCUCUUCGUCCAGACGAUGAGUUCUUAAGAGAGUUUUGGGAAAAAGAGUUUGGUUGUAGUCCCGUGGUCGCAAAUCUUUCUUCAACACAAUUAGGUGCAAACAUGUUGCUUCAAAAAAACUCUCUGCCACCCUGCAGUGGCACAGAGUCUCUGGAAGGAGUGCAGAAUCUUUUUACUGACACUUCCCAGUUGAGGGUGACAUAUAACGUCUACCUUGCUGCUUAUGCUGCGGCCCACGCCCUUCACAGCCUCCUCUCCUGCCCAGACAUAGACCGUCCGGGUGGAAGCAAUGUGUCCACCUGCUCCUCUCCGAAAAACAUCAAACCCACAGAGUUGAUGCAGCACCUGAACAAAGUGAACUUCACCACACCACAGGGAGAACUGUUUUAUUUCCAAGGAGCCGACAUUCCAGCAAAGUAUGACCUCGUCAACUGGCAGAAAACCCCAGCGGGUUCAUUAAAGCUAGUUUUGAUUGGUCGUGUGGAUGGAUUUGAUCUCUACCUUAAUGAGUCAGCUAUUGAGUGGAGCACAGGAUCAAAUCAGGUGCCUGUUUCAGUGUGCACUGAAAGCUGUCCCCCUGGUACACGGAUGGCCAGCAGGAAAGGGGAGCCCGUCUGCUGUUUCGACUGCAUCCCGUGUGCUGAUGGGGAGGUCAGCAAUAAAACAGGUUCCCUUCAGUGUGAUCGGUGUCCAUCUGAAUUCUGGUCCAAUGAGAAGCGAACUUCCUGCAUCCUUCGCCAGCUGGACUUCCUGUCGUUCAAUGAAACCCUGGGCAUCACCCUGACUGCAGUAGCUGCUUCCGGUGCCACGGUGACGACGGCUGUGUUUGUGGUGUUCCUUCACUAUCGUCAAACACCUGUGGUACGAGCCAACAACUCAGAGCUGAGCUUCCUGCUUCUCCUGUCACUCAAGCUCUGCUUCCUGUGUUCGCUGGUGUUCAUUGGUCGCCCGUCCGUCUGGUCUUGUCGGUUCCAGCAGGCAGCGUUUGGGAUCAGCUUUGUGCUUUGUGUUUCCUGCCUCCAAGUCAAGACCAUCGUGGUUCUGGCAGCGUUCCGCUCGGCUCGGCCCGGUGCUGAAUCUCUGAUAAAGUGGUUUGGUCCAGGCCAACAGAGAGGAAGUGUCUGCUUCUUCACCAGUGUACAGGUGAUCAUCUGUGCCAUUUGGCUAUCUCUCAGUCCCCCGGUGCCUCAACCUGACCUGGAUAUCCCGGGGUUAAAGGUUACCCUCAAGUGCACCAUGGAUUCUGUGGUGGGCUUCUCUCUGGUCCUGGGUUACAUCGGUCUGCUGGCCUGCACCAGUCUCCUCUUGGCCUUUCUUGCUCGGAAACUCCCUGACAACUUCAACGAGGCCAAGCUGAUCACUUUCAGCAUGCUGAUUUUCUGUGCCGUCUGGGUGGCUUUUGUUCCUGCUUACGUCAGCUCUCCAGGAAAAUAUGCAGUUGCUGUAGAGAUUUUUGCCAUCCUGGCCUCUAGCUACGGUUUACUGUUCUGUAUAUUUGCUCCGAAGUGUUUUAUUAUUCUGCUGAGGCCUGACAAAAACACAAAGAAACACCUGAUGGCCAGAUAG